AUGACGUCCAAAGGGAUGCUGACACAAAAGCAGACGGGCUCACCGUUGGAUCACCUACCGCCUGCAUCCUCCGUCAACAAGCCAGUCACCCCGUUUAGCAUUGUAGACAUCCUCAAAAAGCCCUCAGUCAACCGUGGGACAACGGUUGUCCUUGGGGGGAAACUCACUUGUUCGGUUGGAAUCUCGUUGCCCAGUCGGAAACUUGUCACCAAAGCAUCUCCGCUGUGCGCCCUCGAAGAACUCGCCAGCAAAACCUUCAAAGGAGUUGACGUCGGUGUUCUACAGGCCGUGGAAGGAAAGGGCUUCUUAACACUAUACGGUCAGCGACACCAUGCAAAGAAGCGGAGGAAGUCCAGAACCGCUUUCACUGCAUCUCAAAUACAGGAGCUGGAGAAGCGCUUUGUGUACCAGAAAUAUUUAACGCAGACGGACAGGGACCACAUCGCGCACCAACUGGCACUAACGAAUGCUCAAGUCAUCACGUGGUUUCAAAACCGCAGGGCGAAGUUGAAGCGGGACUUGGAGGAGCUCAAGGCAGACGUUAAAUCGGCCACCGCCAUUGGGAGCGUGCCCUUGGAGAAACUGGACAAACUGGCGGAUUUGGAGAGGCUCGUGAAUGGAACGGCGGGGCACCGUUCAGCGGACUCUUGGGCGGAAAGGGAGAUUCGGAUGCCCCCCGCGUGUCCAUUUAGUCCCGCAGACCACACAACUCGAGCACCAGAACAACACUCAUCAGACAACGAAGACGAGGAGAUUGAUGUAGAUUGA